ACGUGUCACGUGCGUGCAGAGGAACCCAAACAAACUCUUGUUGAGCUAUGAGAUCCACUCUCUUAUCACUCUCAGAUCGCGAUCGAUAACUCAGGCUCAGCGGACGGUCUGCAUAUUUGUGAGGUAUGGAUAUGAAAUACGGAAGUUAACAUUAUUUCUACUACUACUUAUAAGCUUGUCUUGCUUUGAGAGGAUUCAGUCAUGAGUGAGAAAGAACCAAUCUUUGGUGCCCCAAAGGGAGCAGAAGAAGGAGCCCCAUCACAGUCACCCAUGUAUUACGAUUCUACGCAGAGCCCUCGUGCUAAAUGUAUCCUGUAUAGUUUUGUCGGUGUCAUCAUCAUCAAUGUUCUUGUCGCUUUGAUUCUAUGCUUCUAUCAAGGAGCAAGAACUAAACGAGAUGGUUUCCUGUAUUUCUUAAUGGCUUGCUGUCUUAUUGGUCUCGUAGCAGCUGAAAUCAUUCUAAUACCUAUGUUGAGAAGAGGGGAUUUGGUGAAAGAAAAAUCAUGGUUUCUUUACUUCUUUGGAUUCUGCAUUCUCCUGGAAUCAAUUUUUACAGAUAUUCUGGUAAUGAACUAGACUCGUACUACAUUCAGAUGCCAUAGAUCCUUUACUCCUCAAAUUGGCAGCUAUGCUUAUUUUUUAGACCACUUUUAUUGUUUCAUAGUUUUAAUUGAAAAAAAUAUGGAAAUGGUUUAUUUCUAGUAAAACUUUACCUUUCUAAAGAUGUUUCAUGAUGGGGGUGUUUCACAUAGAUAUAGUGGCUUAAAGGUAUUGUUUAACUUUGUGAGCAGCCAAUUAAAAAAAUUCUCAAUCCAAGAUGAAACAUGUG